AUGAGUGAGACCGACGACACUGAUGUGCUUUUAUUGAUACCACCAAAUUUCUUUCUCGUUAAUAGUUCAGGAUCUGAGGAUUCGUUUCUUGAAUCCUCGAGGACGGUCGUGCAUAAACCGGUUUCGUGCACUGCACAAGUUCUGGGCAAACUGGUCGACCAAGUUCACUCAUUAGAAUCGCGUUUGGAGUCGUUAGAACUGGACACAAGUAACGCAUUUUCGCGUGUUGGAUCUGCUAAACGUAAGGUAUGGGAUUCGGAAAGUCUUGACAGUCGCAGCCUUGAUCGGAAAUGUUUUACUUUCCCGCGCAGACGGCGUCGUAAGACUCGAAAAGAAAGAUAUAGAGACCUUUCGUUGACGAGUCUGGAUACAGUAACUACUCAAGAAAAAACUCCCUCAUUAAAUAACAAUAACACAACCUAUAAUAAUAACUUUGACUUAAAAUUCGUCGAAAGGUUAAAUGACACACAAAGUAUGGACGGAGAUAUCAGUAGCAUUGUGUCAACCCCGAACAAGAAGAACGAUAGACUUCUUCUGCAUGAGAUAGACGAAUUCCUCACAAAAGUAGAAUCGUAUGAUACACCUGACACUCGGAGCAAGGAACAGUCAAUAAAUCCCGAAAAUGUCAUUAAAGCAACAGGUGAUUAUUUAUCUCAGAAAUUGGAAACAAAAAAUACUGAUGAGGUCCAACUACCGAGUGGUCGAGUUGUGACAAACGCAGUUUUAGAUAAGUAUAUUUAUUUAGUUAAGAAUAAUCAACCUGCAACAGGAACGUCAACGAGCUUACAAUCUGAUGACACAUCGAACUUUGCUUCACGCUCGAAGCCAGACACGAAAUCUCCGAGUACUAGAAAGUUGAAUUUUUCAGAAAAUAAAGAUGUACAACCAACGUCAACUCCUAAAAAAAAUAAUCAAUCUAGCUCAAAUUACUCAAACACUUUCAAACCAUCAUCGAACAAAAUUCUGGACAGAGCUUCAAAAGUACUUGAGCAUUAUAAGUCUCAAAGCUACAGCCAUAACACUCAAAGUUCGAUAACGGAUGCCAGCGAUGUCACAUCUUUAAAGAGAGAAGAGUUCAAAAUGCCACAAAUGAGACCAUUUGGCCUAAACAAUAGGGAUUUUAAAAUAGAUUCUAUAGAUACAGAUCUGUUGAGUUUGAGUGAACUUUGGGGGGAAAAAGGUGAUCGAGUUGAAAAGGCCGAGAGUAUCAAAUUAGAAGAGGAGAGAUUGAAACGAGAGCACUGUGAAGCAAUGAUCCAACAGUUGCAAAGGAAAAUUCUUGAACAGCAAGAAAAAUUAGCCGUCGCAAUCAAAGUGGACAGAGCAAAGGAUGCAGCCAUCAAUAAACUAAAAGAUGCCUGGCUCCGACUCACGAGUAGCCUCGAUAAAGCUGAAGAAAGACACCGAUCGGCUUUAGAUAAAAUGGUUCAUGAAGUGGAAAAUUUUAAGACAGUGGCUGGUGAAGCUCAAAAGAAAACGAGUCAGUUUGAAACGGAAAUGUACAAAGCAUUAGAUCUAGCCCAUGAUUAUCAAGAGAAAUGCAAACAGCUAACGAAUGAAAAAACCGAAAUACAAGAAAAUAUGUUAAAAGCUAUCGAGACCAAGGAUGAAACGAUAAAAUUAAAAGAAAGAGAAAUAGAAGUUUCGAAAGAGAAUUAUGAAACUGUGAUGCGGCUUAAUAAACAGUCAACAGACUGUGUUAAAAAUCUUGAAGAAGCUUUGGAAAAGGAAAGAUCCGAUCAUGAAGCAACAAAAUGUAAAAUAAUUGAAUUAAAUCACAAAUUAGACUUGAUGUGUGAUGAGAAAAAGCUCAUACAAGACGAGAGAGAUAUCCUCAAGGAGAAGGUCAACGAAGAAAGGUCACGGUGUAAUAUGAUGGAACGGCAGAUAUGUGACUCUCAGAAUCAGAUCAGUGAGCUUUUGAAGAAAUAUGACACAAUAGACGAGGAAGCAAAAACUCUCCGGCGGCAGCUGGAAAUCCAGAAAUGUGAGCUAAAGAUUCACUACCAGGGUCAGUUGGAGACCGCCGUACUUUCCAAGCUGAAAGAGUUCCAAAAACAACUCGAUAGAGCUUCAGAGGAACUGGAGGUGGCCGCCAGUGAGCGGGAGACACUUCUUGUGGAUUCUUUCAAUAAGCAGAUCUUGAGGAUUGAAGAGCAACACAAACUAGAAAUAAACGUUUUAGAAGAGAAGCAGAGAGAAGAAAUUAAAUUGUAUAGACUUCAACUCGCUCAGGCCAGCGAGAAAAUCAGUCUUUUGGAGAGCAAGCUGGCCAGCUUCCGGCGCCGCCGCUCGCAGAUCGCGUCCCAACUGCACGGCGUGAUGGAGGCGCAGUGGCGCCAGGCGCUGCGCAUCCUCACCGGGGGCUCGAACCCCGCAUACCCCACCCCCGACCUGACGCUCCCCUCCCCCGCGGCCACCCCCGCUCCAGACCCGCCCCUGGACGCACUCAGUGAUCACGAUCUACAACACUACGUUAAAAUGCUCCUAACUAAACCUCCAAACUUCGAUACCGACUCUCCACCAAACCCGAGCGACGCUAAGGAACUAAACGAAGAGCCAACGAGCGACCGACCGGACCGGAACGACCGGAAUAACCGGGUCCGAAGGAGUCUUACCGGUGGGAAACCGCCUUGGAAAGCCUAG